AUUUUGAAAUAGUAUUUUUUAUUUGUAGGUCAAAAAGCAAAUUAAUUUUAUGGAUGACCUUGACUUAACGGAGUCAUCUGGAACAGCUUCAGAGGAUUCCAAGUUGCCUUGCUCUAAGUAUAUGAGUUGCAAGUCGCUAAUUGUACCAGUUGGCCAGGAUCGUAAAGAUUCUACUACUUUACUAAAAAUCCAGGAUGCGAUUCUUUUGUAUAAAAAAUUAGUAGAACUUAAAAAAAAUCAGUGUAAACAACUUAAAAGAAAAAAUAAAGAAAUGGAAAAUAAGAUUAAUGGACUACAAAAGGAGCUAUCAGAAACAAAAGAGUUGAAAUUGCAGUUGGAGCAUCAAAAAGUGAAAUGGGAACAAGAACUUAGCGAUUUGAGAUUUACCUUCAAACAAGAAGAAAAAAAAAGAAGAAAUGCUGAUAAAUUAUAUGAAAAAAUGAGGGCGCAAUUCAGAGAAAAAGAAGAGCAGUAUAAUAAAGAAGUUGAAAUGAAACAACAACUUGAACAUACUUUUGCAACAGUAGGUGUGGAAUUGAGGACUGUAAGGAAUAAUUUGGAUCAGGUUGUAGAGGAGCGAAAUGACGCUAAGUUACAACUUUCUCGAGAACAGAAUGCCAGAGUAUUACAAGAUGGAAUUCUAAAGAAUCACCUUUGCAAACAAAAGGAGAUUGAAGUGGGUAAUAACAGAAUGAAUUCUGGGAUUUCUAAUAGUCAUAAAGAAGAAAAAGAUCUGUUGCCUAAAACCCACAUGUGGCAGGAUGAAAUUGCCAUGCUAAGACUGGAAAUAGACACAAUAAACAGUAAGAACCAGGAAAUGGAAAAGAAAUAUUGUGAAGACAUUGAAAUUAUAAAAGAAAAUGUCAGUCUUCUAAAGGCCAUAAAACUGAAUGAGGAAACAUUAACAAAAACAAUAUUAGAAUAUAGUGGACAGAUUGAUGCUCUGACCACUGAGAAUACAAUGCUAAAGUCUAAACUGGAGAAUGAAAAGCAAAACAAAGAAAGACUGGACACACAAGUUGAAUCAUAUCGAGCUAGACUAGCUACUGCUCUAGAGGAUUAUGAUCAAAGUCAGGCGUCAAAAAGAGACCUAGAACUUGCUUUCUGGAGAGCAAAAGAUGAAUGGUUUUGUCUGCAGGACAAACUGAAUUUUGAUGUGUCUAACCUAAAAGAAAAUAAUGAGCUUCUUUCUCAAAACCUUUCUAAAGCUGAAAGUGAAUUCAAUACUUUAGAAAUUGAGCUCCAUCACACAAGAGAUGCUCUCAGGGAAAAGACUUUGGUUCUAGAAUGUGUACAGAGAGACCUAAGUCAAACACAGUGUCAGAAAAAGGAAAUGGAACACAUGUAUCAAAAUGAACAAGAUCAAGUGAAUAAAUACAUUGGAAAGCAGGAAUCCUUAGUGGAGAGAUUAUCUCAACUACAAAGUGAAAAUAUGUUGCUUCAACAGCAUCUAGAUGAUGCUCACAACAAAGCUGCCAGUAAAGAACAUGUAGUAAUUAAUAUCCAAGACCAGUUUCAGGGUAUCAUAAAAAAACUUCAAGCUGAAAGUGAAAAACAAGGUCUUUUGCUGGAAGCAAGCAAUAGAGAGUUAAUCAAUGAAUGCAAUCUUUUAAAAGAAAGAAUGUAUCAGUAUGAAAAGGAGAAAGUAGAAAGAGAAGUUGAUGAUCUUACAGCAAAACUGGAAACUGCGUCUUCAAAAUGUCUAUACCUGGAUGCAAACAACCAGCUUCUUACCCAGGAGUUAACAUCUAUGAAGGAAAUGCAGAAGAAAUAUGAAAAACUAGAGAAGAAUAAAAAGAAGUUGGAACAAGUAGUAAACCUCAGAAGUCAUGUAGAAUUCAGUAUGGUAGAAUACAGUAAAAUAGAACACUAUAAACGGGAGCUUGAAGAAAGAACAAGAUUGGACAUAACAGAAAAAUUAAAAGAAGCCAAUCUGUUUUUCCAGACACAAGUAGCAUCUCAAGAAAGCUUAGGACAGUUAAGAGAAGCUAAUAAUGCUUCAAUAAGAAAUCAAAUGGAACUCAGAAUUAAAGAACUAGAAUUUGAACUAUCCAGAAUGAAAUGUUCUCAAGAAGAUUUUAAUAAAACAGAAUUGGAAAAAUACAAGCAACUCUACCUAGAAGAAUUAAAAGUUCGAAUGUCAUUGACAAAUGAACUGAACAAGACUAAUGAGAAGCUGGCAGAGACCAGUACCAAACUUCUGGUGGAGACACAGCAAAAAAAGUCUUUGAUUAAUACUAUUGCUAUGAGCCCUGUCCUAGAAUUGCCUUCUGUUAGAAAUAUGAAUAAUAGUUCACUGUUCAAUAGAUAUGUUGCUCCGAGAGAAAACCUAGUGAUUCCUACCUCAAGCUCACGGCCUACAAAGAAUGGCGUUGAGACUUUCUUGACCAAGAUGGACAUAUCUCAGCAGGAGAUGGAAAGGAAUAUAACUAGAGAACUAGAAGCUGCUGCUGAAUUUGAAUCAGACUCAUGGUGUAUGACCUCCUCUUUAGAAUCUACUUAUGAAUCACAUGUAAAUGACGAUCUACUAGUGAAAUCUUCAAAAGAAUAUUUACAGAUUUUGAAGAAAAAUUAUAUGUUCUGAAAGACAAACAUUAAAAAUUUAUUUACUGGAUGUUUGUAUAACAUCUUAAUUGUGUCCUACUAAACAUAUCGUGUGAAAAUCUUGAAUAAAGGAAAAUAG